GGCGGAGCCAAAGCGAGCAGCUUCUGCCCGCAUCCGUCUCUCCGCAGACGACGACGAGUGGCAGAACAACAUGGAGCCGGGCAAAAUGGCGCUGACCAAGAACUCUCCGAGAGAUGCCUUGGUAAUGGCACAGAUCCUGAAGGAUAUGGGAAUUACAGAGUACGAACCAAGGGUUAUAAACCAAAUGUUGGAAUUUGCUUUCCGAUAUGUGACUACAAUUCUGGACGAUGCAAAAAUUUACUCAAGUCACGCUAAGAAACCCAAUGUUGAUGCCGAUGAUGUGAGACUGGCAAUCCAGUGCCGUGCUGAUCAGUCUUUUACCUCUCCUCCUCCGAGAGAUUUUUUACUGGACAUUGCAAGGCAGAAAAACCAAACCCCCUUACCUAUGAUUAAGCCAUAUUCAGGACCCAGGCUGCCACCUGACAGAUACUGCUUAACAGCUCCCAACUUUAAGCUGAAGCCCUUACUUAAAAAGGGACCUAACCAGGGAAGACUAAUUCCACGCUUAAGUGUUGGUGCUGUUAGUAGCAGACCCACCACCCCUACUAUAGCAACCCCACAAACAGUGUCUGUCCCAAAUAAAGUUGCACCUCCCGUGUCAGUGACAAGCCAAAGAUACUCGGUGCAGAUUCCGCCUUCUCAGCCCACACCCGUCAAACCAGUUCCUGCAACAACUGCAGUUCCAAAUGUUCUGAUUAAUCCUUCAAUGAUUGGGCCCAAAAAUAUUCUUAUUCCCGCCAACAUGGUUUCAUCACAGAACGCGGCCAAUGAAUCAAACCCACUGAAGAGAAAACACGAAGAUGAUGAUAAUGAUACCGUGUGAGGAAUACAGUCUAGAUGUACUUCACAUGCAUAGUUGGUUUUGAGCCCAAUAUACUGAGCUAGAGCAUUCAAGAUCACAAGUUUUAUCUUAGAAAACUUAAAAGUAGCUGCAGUAGUUUUCAUAUUCCUGUAAAGCGUUAGAUUUCUUAAGUAAGGCUGCCAAUGUUUUUUUCAUUAGGCAUCAAGUAGAAUAAGUUAAGCACUUGUUUCUUAAUAGUUUUGCUAACGUCGAGUCCUGCUAUGGCAGUUCUAUUUUUGGAAGCAGUUUUCUGCCUUGUGUCACUGACAGCAUUUAAGUUGCAGUCUCUGCAGCCUGAUCAGUGGACUAAUCUUUAACAGCAUAAUUUCUAAUCUGCAUUGGAGUACUUACUCCUUUCUUUGGCAAGGUAAAAUAGUCACUUCUACUGUCACCAGCUUUUUAAACCAAAUCUCUCGAUUUAGAAGACCUUUUUGGAGAGGAUGGAUUUAGAGGGAUUCUAAAUCCAAUUUUGAAUGUACUUAAGUUGGUUUUUUCUUUUUCUUUUUUUUUUUUUUUUUUUUGCGUUUCCUAACCUACCUCCUCAACCCCAUUGCUAACCCCCAUUCACUUCCUGCACCAUCUCCUCCCCAGAAGCUUAAGUGUCUCCCCAUUGCUCUUAAAUUUGAAAGGCCAAAACUGGAAUUUUAAAAAUAUCAUUCCUGAUAAUACACCUUUGCAUCAUUUUUAUAUUUUUAAAACCUACAUGAUAUGCCUGCUGUCCUGCAGUUCACUUUACCCUGAAUGUUUCCGUUCUUCCAGAGCACUUGAGUUUUAUCCCUGGUCUUGUAUGCCCAUUACACUUCACUCUGCUUUUGACGGGCAGUUCUGGGUCAGUUACAUUCACUUUCAGUCUUAUAUUCCAAGUUGAUAAGUCCACCAUAUUUCACACAGGUGACGCCAUUGCUUAAAAUCUGCCUUGAUAAGUAUAUUUGCACUAGACCUAGGCAAAACCACUAAAGAGCAAGUGUUGGUUUCCUUUUUACCACAUGCUUUGAUCACUACUGCUUGAACCCUCCUCCUAUUGGUAUAAUUCAGCUCAGUUUGCUAGCUGAUUGCUGAGGAUGGCGCACUUAAAAUGGGAUCACACCUGAAAGUUUUCUCCUGGUCUUCCUUCCUCUAGAAGGCCCACCACGAAAACUCAGUAGUGUGACUCGAAUUGCACUUAGUAGGUGCACUCUACGUAGGGCCCCCAGUAGAAACCCACCUAUAAACACCAUGUUGGGACACCGUAUUGGGAACGAUUUCAAAGCUUUCAAAACUAGAAGCAGGUUUGUGCAGUUUUUAUUUAACUUUGACAUAUUCAACGCAAGAGCACUUUUGCAGAAUUUUCUAAGAUUAAUUUUCAUAUUUGAAGAUCCUCAAAAUUUAAAACACAAGUAAGUUUCAUCCUAGGAUGGUGCUUAAUACAUCUGAGACAGCCAGUCCGGUAACGGAAGAAAUGUCUCAUCCUAGUUUGAGUGUUUGGGGAUGUUAGGAAAAGGUGGGAAGCUUACGCAAACGGAUCUGGGCAACAUCGUGGGAGAGAAAUGGUCAUUCUUUAUAGCGUAGGAUGGCGUCACUUGAAUGUUCUCAGGGAGGCAGCAUGUCACAAGGCCUCGGUUCUAGCCCUGGCUCCAUCAUCUACCAACUGUGUGACCUUACUUCACCUCUGAGCCUUGUUCUGUUUAUUAUUAUUAUUAAUAGUAAUAAGAAGGUAACAGCGACCCUGCCUACCUCACAGGGAUGUUGUGAGGGUUGAACUGGUGUAUGUGAAAGUUCUUUAGAAACUGUAAAAUGCUGUAUAACAAAGAGAUUGUUAAUGUAUGCUCCAAGAUUAUUAAUAAAAAUGGAUGUUUAUCACUUA